GCCGGCGGCGGCGCCGCGCCGUGCCCCAUGCGCCGUUGCUGCCCGGCUCUCUGCAUCAGCACCAGCACCAUCGGCAGCCGCCGCCGCGGCGGCGCCUCCCGCCCUGCCGCUGCCGCCGCCGCCGCCGCCAUCGCCGCCCCCCUCCCGCCCGCCGCCGUGUCCCGCCCGCCGCUCCUGGUGCUGGUGCUGCUGCAGCGCCGCCCCGCGCCGCCCGCUCCUGCGCCUCCGCCGCACAAGAUGGCGGCCGGUGGGAGCGGCGGGGGCCCCGGGGGCCUCUCCUCCUCCUGCCCGCAGCCGCCACCGCCGCCGCCGGGCAACGGUGCCGCCGCCGCCGCCUGCACCAACGGCGCCCCCCCGUCGCCUCCCGGCCUCACCUACAACCAGUGCGGCGCUGCCAACCCGGCGGCGAGCGGCGGCGCGGGGGGCCCGGCGGCGGCGGCGGCGGCGGCUGCGGCGGCGGCGGCUGCGGGGGCGGCGGGGGCCGGCGGGGGGGCGGGCGGCCCCGGCGGGGCGCUGCAGCGGGAGCCGGUCUAUAACUGGCAGGCGACGAAGCCGACGGUGCAGGAGCGCUUCGCCUUCCUCUUCAACAACGAGGUGCUCAGCGACGUGCACUUCCUGGUGGGGAAGGGCCGCGGCUCGCAGCGCAUCCCGGCGCACAGGUUUGUGCUGGCUGUGGGCAGCGCAGUCUUCGAUGCGAUGUUUAAUGGUGGAAUGGCCACAACUUCUACAGAGAUUGAGCUGCCUGAUGUGGAGCCUGCUGCCUUCCUAGCUCUGCUGAAAUUUCUUUAUUCAGACGAAGUUCAGAUUGGACCAGAGACUGUUAUGACAACACUUUACACAGCUAAAAAAUAUGCAGUUCCAGCCCUUGAAGCUCAUUGUGUGGAGUUUCUUAAAAAAAACCUCCGAGCAGACAAUGCGUUCAUGCUGUUAACACAGGCAAGACUUUUUGAUGAGCCUCAGCUGGCCAGCCUUUGCCUAGAGAACAUAGACAAGAACACAUCAGAUGCCAUCAACGCGGAGGGGUUUACAGACAUUGAUCUCGACACCCUGGUUGCGGUGCUGGAGAGGGAUACCCUGGGGAUCCGGGAGGUUCGUUUGUUUAAUGCAGUGGUUCGCUGGUCGGAGGCUGAGUGUCAACGGCAGCAACUUCAGGUGAUUCCAGAGAACAAGCGGAAAGUACUGGGCAAAGCGCUUUCUCUUAUCCGCUUCCCAUUGAUGACUAUUGAGGAGUUUGCAGCAGGGCCUGCCCAGUCGGGAAUCCUCACGGACCGGGAAGUGGUGAGCCUGUUCCUCCACUUCACAGUGAACCCGAAGCCACGGGUGGAGUUCAUCGACAGACCACGCUGCUGCCUGCGGGGGAAGGAAUGCAGCAUCAGCCGUUUCCAGCAGGUGGAGAGCCGCUGGGGGUACAGUGGGACUAGUGACAGGAUAAGGUUCUCAGUAAACAAAAGGAUAUUUGUAGUUGGGUUUGGAUUAUACGGAUCCAUACAUGGGCCAACGGAUUACCAAGUAAAUAUACAGAUCAUCCACACAGACAGUAACACAGUCCUGGGGCAGAAUGACACGGGGUUCAGCUGUGACGGGUCAUCAAACACGUUCCGGGUCAUGUUCAAGGAGCCUGUUGAAAUUUUACCCAACGUCAACUAUACAGCAUGUGCUACUCUAAAGGGUCCAGAUUCCCACUAUGGAACCAAAGGACUGCGCAAAGUGAUCCAUGAAUCACCAACAACGGGAGCCAAAACCUGCUUUACGUUCUGUUACGCGGCUGGGAAUAACAACGGCACUUCUGUGGAGGAUGGACAAAUCCCAGAGAUCAUCUUCUACACAUAGUGCAGCUGCGGAGCUGGCUCUGGACUCUUCUGUUCUCUUCCCCGUGACCUUCCAAACUAAAUUUCUGGCUGAGUUUGACCACACCUAUUGGAGCCACACUAGCCAAAGGUCUCAGUAAAAUCAUUUCAAAGCUCAUGUUUUGCCUUGUGCUAGUGAUUCUGCUGCUAUCACGUACCAGACUAACUGGUAUACCAGUAUCAUUGUAGGUUGUCUGUGGCUAGUCAUUUUUCACUUUACUGAUUAAUCCUAUCUAACAACAUGCGUUUUUUUGACUGUAAUGAAUGUAGAUGCUUUUCCACCAGUCAGAAGCAUGGAAACGAGUGGCUCUGGUUGUGGUUAUACUUGCUGUGAGGAGAGAAUCCUGCAAAAAGACACGGUCAAGGGCUGUGUGGCCCAUCCUCUUCUGCUCUAGCUCAGCAGUCGAGGCGAGAUGGUUUGCCAUGCCUGCCCGGCAGCGCCGCUGCGACGGCGGGGCUCGGCCAGCCCGUGCCUGGCGCCUUCCUUCCCGCCAGCCACGGCACGUGCGGCCGCCUUCAAAAAGUUACAGAAAGUGGCCUUUUCCCUGAGGCUUUGCUGUUUCAGCACUACACGGUCUUGAGGGAGACCUCAAAACUAGAGCGCCUCUGGAGAGACUGCGGCGUUUUCAUGCUAUUCUCACUAGUUUGUGACAAUCCUUUACCUUGGGCAGUUGGUGACAGCGAACUGACCUCCCCUGCGGAUGGCCCGUGGCCCUGUGGAGUUGGGAUGGGGCAGUGGCUCUGGCUGGGCAGGCUCUUUCCUCCCCUGCGUGCAGUGUGCUGUGCUGGGGCCUGGUAAUGCUUCUUUCAAACUCCGUAGUGUGUUUCAAAUGAUGGGGGUUCCUCAGAUAACCCCCGUGCAGCGUUCAGCAGCUGGGUACCUGUACUAGGUGUUACUGUGCUAAUCAAGUCCUUUGCAGAUAGUGCUGGGGUUUGUCAGCUGAAGCAGGCAAGGGAACUUGCCUCACCUGGCCCCCCGUUCCUGUGUAUUGCUGCUGUUUUCAUGCACGUUUCAAUGCAUUUUUCUCUCUGUUUGUUUCUGUGCAUUGCUAACCCAGCCCUGGGCCGCUUCAGAGCCUUCUGCCCUGAUGCGAAAUAGGAAGAGAGGCUUGAUAUGCAGCUGCCUGUUACCUAAUAACACAGCAGAUGGAUGAGGAUUUAUGAAACAGUUUAGGAAAACAUCAAAGAUUCUCUGUUUGCCUGUAUAUGUUUGCACAGUCUGCCUGUUUGGACAGGCGUAGGAGGAAGAUGCAGUAUUUACAAAUAUCACCUGUCUUUGGGCCACUGGGAUCAGUAAUCUUGAAGACGCCCCCUUCUUACCUGUUCGGGGCCGGUUGCUUUUCCCCAUAAGCAGGUCUGACUGUGGCUGGGCAGGGAAGGCGCUCUCCUGCUGGGGAGAAGUUGGGUGGCUCGUGCUUGUGGCUGCCUGACCAGCCUCACGGCCGCUGCCCACUGAUGAAGACUAUGAGGCUAUUUCCUCCCCCUGCUCUGCAGAGGAAGCUGUAAUUAAAACCCUGCUUGGCAGCGUGGCCAGAGCCUUCCGAAGUCUGCGCGGGACUUGCUGGCAGGGGUGGUGCUGCCUCAAAGCUGAGGUUCCCCUUUGCAAACCUCCCCCUCUGCUCCAGGCACGUGAAGCUGUUGUAACUCGCCGGGCAGCAGUUGCCACCAUACUUUGCUGCUAGAAGUUGAAACCUAGUCGUCCUUCGCCGGUGCGGAUGGCUCGGUGCCUGCUCACUCGCUGGGGAAAUGACAUCUCCUCCUCUUGCUCCCUGCGGUCGGGCUCUGCCCUCGGUCUGUGGCUGGCCGGGUAUCUCCUCAUCAGCCACGCAGCAGUAAUACUGUCAGGAACGCCCUGCACCUCCUAACCAGUAGCUAUUAGAGAUGUCAAUAGUGUGUUACGUUCUCUAGGAAGACGUUGUAAGAUGUGUAUAUUGUAAGCCUGCUUCAAGGUAGGAUGUUUUUAAUAUGGCCAGUACUAAAAAAAAAAAAAAAAGAAAAAAAAAAGAAAAAAAAAAAAGAAAAAAAAAGAAAAAAACCGAUGGGUCCAUGACUUCAUUACUGAACCUGACUCUGUGCAACGCAAACAGUGUUGUGAGAUGGGUGAACAGGCUGGGCACACUCCUUCCCGCAGGGCAGGCAGCCUGUCGGGAUGUCCAUAGUUGUGCCCGCUCUUGCCUCCCGCCUCUGCCCCUUUUCUCAAAGGUUGUGGGAACUUCACUACUGGCACCCAAAAACCGUGUCGGGGCCUGCGCCUUCCCCGGGGUGGGCUGUCUGCUGUGGAUGUGGCACCUCGGGGCAUUUCUGUAUAUAGGUGGCAAUAGCAGAAAUAAUUGGAAUUUGAAAGAAGCAAAGCUGUGCACUUGGCUGUGGAAAGAGCAGGACUCGACGGCAGGGCUCGCUCAGCCGAGGUAGGCGCCUCCUUCCUGGCUCUUCCCUGGAAGCAUCUGGUUUUAGUACUAUUUUGUUACGCAGAGUCUCUUCCCAAACCCACCCUUCCCACCAUCACCCCACAAGGUAGGUCUGGUAGCGUGUCGGGGAGGGAGAGGAGUCAAACUCUGAACUACACCUGAGCAACUUCUGUUCUUACGGCUUUUACGCAGUUUGAUGCAAUUCUGGCUUUUGUAGAUAGAUGAAUGUAAAUCAUUGUUGGACAUGCCUGUUUCCAAAAGUAUGAGACAUUCUGUUGUACCAUGUCACCUUCCGAGCAGAGCUGGGACUGUCUCGACUCCAGUGCUAUAUUGAUGAAUGUAUCCGAUGCUCUCGUUCAGUGUUCACACUCUGCUUUUGGCCAGCUUUGUGAUUUGUAAAUAGGAAAUCAAUAAAGACAUUCAGGUUGUCUUUACAAAA